AUACCCUGUCAUUUGUCUCCAUCAACACUGAAGUCUGUCUUGCUGUUGGCUGGAUACAAUAUUACGGCGUCGUUCUCUGUCGUGUUUCAAUGGGGCGAUACGAUAAUAGUUCUGAUGAAGGAGGGAGCUCGCGAAGAGGAAGGAGCAGGUCGCCGAGAAGAACUCCGCCCAGGUAUUCUCAGGAGGCGGGCCGGUCUCACCGUGACGGUGGGGGGUAUGCGAGAAGGUCCAGUGAUAGAACUUACUCCUACAAGAUGCUGUGUAUUAGCAGCAUCCAUCCGAAAGCAGCGGAAGAUGUUAUCAGAGAAGAUUUGUACAGAGAAUACAGGAAGUUUCCUGAUGUGUCAGUCAAGAUUGUUGUCGAGCAUGAUGGAGAGCGUGUGGCAUACGUGUACUUCAGAACUUGGGAGGAUGCUCGGGAUGCCAAGCAUGCUAGCAGGGGGCGCAUCAUGUUCUAUGAUAAGCCAGCAAUGGUGGAAGCUGUUUAUGACACAGUUCCACAGGAGUACCUUCCUCGUCGCCGAAGCAGGAGCCCAAUGCUUGACUAUCCUCCCAUGGACAGCAGGUACAUGAGGCCAAGAUCACCCCCACGUGACUAUGAAAGGUAUGGUCCACCCAUGCCUGCUCCAAUGGAUCCAUAUGGAUAUGAACUUCCGCCCCAUGAUCCAUAUGGCUACGGUCGUGGAUAUCCCUACAGAGAACCUCCAAGGGGGCCCCCCUAUGGGGGAGGCUAUGGACCACCUUAUGGUGCCCCAGGAUAUGCAAGGCCAAGAUUUGAAAGACAUGAGAGAAAGGAGAGAUUUCCCAACUAUCUGCACCACAUACCACCCGAGGAUGAUCCCACUGCUUGCCGUACAUUGUUUGCUGGCAACAUGGAGCUGAACAUCACAGAGGAAGAACUGAGGAGGAUCUUUAACAGAUAUGGAAAUGUGGAAGACAUAGACAUCAAGAGGCCACCUCCUGGCACAGGGAAUGCAUUUGCAUUUGUGAGAUUUGAAAACCUUGACCAGUCAAACCGCUGCAAAACAGAGCUGUCAGGACAGUACAUCGGGAAGUUUCAAGUGAAAAUUGGAUAUGGAAAAGUUCUCCCAUCAUGCAAGGUGUGGGUUGGUGGACUGGGCUCCUGGACAACUGUGCAGACCUUGGAAAGAGAAUUUGACAGGUUUGGAGCCAUCAAGAAAAUUGAGUAUGUGAAAGGUGAACCAUAUGCUCAUGUCCUCUAUGAGACCCUGGAUGCAGCUCAGGCAGCAGUGAAUGAAAUGAGAGGCUUCCCACUUGGAGGCCCGGACAAGAGGAUCAAGACAGAUUUUGCUGCUGAUGAGACAACUGUUCAGUUUGGAAGAAGGCCCCCAUUUGAUGGCCCAGGAUGCAGUGAGGACUUCAGAGGUAGGGGCCGUGGUGGGUUCCGAGGUGGAAGAGGAAGCUUCAGAGGUGGGUUUGGUGACCGUGGUGAUGGCAGUGAUGAGUCAUAUCAUUCAACUCUCCGCCAAGUUCCCACAGAGAACAGGUCUGUAAGUCCAUCUCGUAGAAGUGAGACAGGCUCAGAGGGUGGGCAUCUGAACACUGCAAAAAGUCUGUCAGAUGUGGCACGGAAAGUGGGGACAUCUUGGCACGGUGCUAUGAUCUUGAAGAGCUCAUUGUUUGCAUGCAAGUUUCACCUCACUGAUGGUGAUGCAGACAUUGCAGACACACUGCUGAAAGAUGAGAAUGAAAAGCCUUUGCUGAGGAUCACUCAGAGGCUGAGACUUGACCAGGCAAAGUUGGAUGAUGUGCAAAAGCGAAUCACAUCAUCUCCUCAUGCUAUCUAUGUGGCAUUGCCAACAUCAUCAUCACCUGCAAAUGUUGAUGACUCAUCGGUCCAAGCAAGGUCCCUUCGAAAUUUGGUGUCCUAUCUGAAGCAGAAAGAGGCAGCUGGUGUGAUAUCUCUGCUCAGCAAGGAAGGAGAUACCACUGGAGUUCUGUAUGCAUUUCCCCCAUGCAACUUCUCCAAGGAACUUCUGACCAGGACUGUGCCAGCUCUCUCUGAGGAUGCUGCGAAAGAAGACCACCUACUGGUUGUGGUGGUCCGUGGAAGCUCUGCUCAGCUGGCACUGACCUAGGGACAUCACUGAACAGAUGAAUUGGCUGCAUGGAGUGCUUCCUGGUCGCACACGCUUCUGGACCGGAUGCCAGCUGGAGGGUCAUGCCUCCUCGGGCCUUUGUAACCAAGCUGCUUGCAUUGUUGCCCAGAAUUCACUUUUCCAUUCUCACCUUUGAUUGGUGCUUUGUUUGGGACUAAUGUAACUUGUCCAGUGAUCUGCGAUGAAGUUGUAAUGCUUGCUUCCUCCCAUUAAAUGUUCUGGCUAUUUUCAGGCAAACGGCGGCAUUAUAUGGUGAUGUGAAUGUGCAGUGUUGGUGAGAAGUGUUGUGAAAGUGAAUUACAAGAAAUCGUCACAUUAGAGAUAAAAGAGGCUAGGAAUGGUGCAAAAUGUGAGAUCAGUGAUGAACACUAGAGCAUCAUGGUGGUGACUGGGCACCUGGAGAAUCAUCUGUGAAUCAAAAUGGUGCUCUUUCAAAAUUCAACUCAUUUGCGAGUGACAGAUCUUAAAUGGUGUAUGAUAUGCACUGGAACACUGAUCCAGCUCAUUGGUGUAGUGCGGCCACCCGACUUAAGUGGUUCCUUGCGGCCAACCUCUCCAGGGUAUUUGCCCAGUGCUGUGGUGAGUGACAUUGAGGAAUGAUGCAUCCAGCUGCCAUUGACGGCUGAUACGUGACGGCUUGGGGUGGCUCCGCGGAAAAGAACAAUCAUUUGGUGUGCCCAGUGCGGUGGCGCGCUCGUUUUCGGUGAGUGCUGUGGUAGUGAGGAGUGAUCUAGCAGUGGCAGUGGCUUCCAGUUACGUUCUCCCGAGUUCUUCAUUCGUGAUCGGUCUUCAGCAUCUGCCUGUCAACAGGCGUCUCAGACACUCGCCGCCUGGUUCCCACCUGACUCAAAACUAUCAGCCUGGUUUUUUCUCAGUGAUUUUUCUUUUUUCUCAGUGCUCAGUGAUUUCUUAGUGAGGUGUUCCGUGACGCACCGGUUGCGGGCAACAGUGGUGGCGCUGCGCGUAGUGGCUGUCCCAGGGUGCGUAUUUGGGGUGGCGCGGUCGCGACGCAGCAGUUCAGUGUUGAGGUGCCAGUGAGGAACCAGUGUGAGCUAGCUCCAGUUUGGAUGGCCGCCAGUGAGGGAGCUCAUGGUAGUUCAGUUCGGGAGGAUGCCUCGAGAAAACGGUGCUAGAGCUGGCCCGAUUCUGGCGGAAUGACGAUAAAACCGAGGUGAAUAGAGAGAGGAAGUGCUA